CUUGUUCUGAAUAAGAGGUUACAGUGACAUGAUUUCCGUGGAUAUGAGCUCAGAAAUAGGGUGCAUACUUCUUAUAAUACCAAUUAUGGGUUUCUGGCUCAAAUAGGAAAUAUAUUAAGAGAGUUUCGUUCUCCCUAAAUUUAGCUCCAUUAAAACACAAACGACUUGGGUUCCAUUGUGUCAUUUUGAUUAUUGUGUUCUUCACAGUUAGUGUAAUCACCCUUCCUUCAUCAGAUAUUUCAAGAUAAGCUCUCUAUGUAAUUUAAAAAUCAUUUAUAUGGGCGUUGCAUUUCAAGGUUACUGUGUUCUUCAAGGUUUCUUGACCGCCAUUUUCCCAUAGAGGGAAAAUGGGAUUCUUGUUCUGAAAAAGAUAUGAGAUUGAAUUAUUUUGUUCUUCACAGUUGAUGCAACCAUCCUUCAUCAGAUAUCUCAAGUUACGUUAGAGGAGGUGUUGCUGGACACAAAUUUAAGGAUUCCUUUGCGCUUAGCUGGACAUAAAGAUGAUAGAGCAUGACCAACAGGAAAGUGCUUGACAGAGGCAAGUGCAACAAAACCAGGAAAUCCAAGAUGUUGUCCUCUUACCUGAUGAGGUGUUACUGUUGGUGCUACUGUCUUCUCAAAGAUUCAGAUGCAAAGACAAAGAAUCUCUGCCAUCUUCUUUCGAAGACAAUCUCCAUACACAACGGAAGGGAAUUGAAUAUUUAGAUAGAGCCCAAGGAGCUGCGGUAAGAUGCCAAGCACCUGCACAAAAUGUCCAAUGGUCUGCAAAAUCAAUGGCCCUAGUUGACAACAUUCAUAACCCAGUUUUAACAGAGACCAUGAAAGUGAAUGCCGAGUUUAUGAAUUCCUCCCAGCCCAUUGAAUCACAUCACAUGGUAUAUGAGAAGUUCAUUACAGAUUAGGAUAUUUUUCUGUUUGCCAAAGGUAUCAACUAUAAACAAGGACUAAAUGUUGCAACACAAGACCUCCGUUGCAUCUUCAAUGACACAAUAGAAACUACUGUAACUCUAUUUGCACUCUGCACAAGAGAUCUUUAGGUGUGAGCAUCGAGAAGAAGAACAAGUGCUUCAUCAGUUGCUUGGAUACAAAAUCACUCUGUCAAUCCUUGGAAACCCUAUUCCUUCUGUUGUUUAUUAUGACAUCCCACCAUCUUAUGACAGACCUCUGCAGUAUGCUCAUGUUAGAACUGCAGAAAGCAAGAUGAAACUAUGUGCCUGCACCUUGGUGUUUAUCUCUGGACUCCGGCCCCUUCUCGCAGCGGAUCAACCUGGGUUCGCUCCAAUGGACGCAUACGCUGCCAGUUCAGUCGCCAAGUAUCCAGCAGCAGCAUCGCAGGGCCUGCAAUAUGUUCGGUUCAAGAUGGUUCCGUGUGGGCUAAAUUUACUGCAUACGCAUCCAUGAGCUUCAGGAAUGCUUACUCUUAUCUCAGGAGGGCCUCUUCAAGUUGGUUUUGUUGACACUCAAGGUCAAGCUUUCAUCGAUAUUUUGCAUCCUGGAGAUGUCACCAUAUUUUCGAGGGGGACACUGCAUUUUGAGCUUAAUGUUGGAACUGAAGAAGCUAAUUAUAUCUCUGCUCUCAACAGUCAAAAUCCUGGUGUUGUGACAAGCAGCAUGCCAAAAUUGAAGCUUCCAUUGAAAAGUGUGGCAACAGCUUUCAACAUCACCCAACAAGCUGUGAAGAAAUUAGAUUCAACGAUAUAUGCCAGUGAUUCCCACUCCCCCAAAAUAAAUGGCGUCCAUUGGGAACCAUAUGCACCGACCCGACAUAAUGUGAGCAGAUAUCCAUGGCCAUGGGCUAAGACACAGGAAGCAGAGUUUUCUCACUGUGCUUUCAUGGCCAGGGAAAAGUUCCAAUGGAUGAUGUAUACCGAUGUGGGUGAGUUUGUAUUAUCUGAUUCUUGGUUGAAUGAGCAGGUGGGUCCUGAGGACAAGGGCUUUCAGGAAGUAAAACCCAACUGCAAGGAUCUUACUUCAGGGGCUCUCUUGAACAUGGUUAUGAGUCUAAGUUCACAAGGAACAGCCUUCAAGAAUUUCCGAAUCUCAUAUCGGGCAACUUUCCUUCAAGCAUGGAUUGAGUUUAAGGUCAUGUUUAGGAGUCGAGUAUCUGCCUAUGUUAUGGAUUGGAGUGAGUCUAAAUAUUCUGCUUCUCAGGACAGAACACCUGGCCUUAGCAAUAAGGCCAUUCAGCCAGAUGAUUGGGAACAUAGAUUUUGUGAGGUGAUAGAUACUGCAUUGAAAGAUUUUGCAAUCAGGGUGUUUUGAAUCUUUUGAUUGAGUAAUUAGCGAACUUCCAAAUUAGAAUGGCAGUUAUAAAUCUAAUGUUUAAUGCUCAUAUACCUCAAAUUCUGUUUACUUGUAUAUAAUAACAAAUCGGUAUUUUAGGGGUGAUUCAUUGCACCAGGUUUAAACUUGACAAUUUGAACUUAAUGCCAAAGGCAAAGAGGGUAGAUCAAUCUGUUACAGCAUAAGCCGUAUUUGAAAUCAUAAAUUAAGUAAAAGAGCAUAACUGUACCAUGAUAUGUUUCACCAAGACAAGUCUUAUUUGAAAGCAUUUGGUGAAAAUAAAAGUGUUAAAUUU